GAGCUGGAGCCAGACCGAGCCGGUUAUUAUUCUCUGCUUGCAAAUAUUUAUGCAUCAGCGGGGUUAUGGACCAAUGUAAAGAAGAUAAGAAAUAUUAUGCAGGAGAAGGGAUUUACCAAGGUUCCUGGGUGUAGUUGGGUGGAGUCAGGGUCAACUGACUUGACUUCUCAAUAUGUCAAAGAUCAGGAACUGAAAGUUUAGGGGCCUGAGACUAGAAAGUCUGAUUUUGUUGGACACAAUGGUCAACGCGACAAAGGGACUCUUCAUCUCAUGUGACAUUCCCAUGGCCCAGUUCAUCGUCAACUUGAAUGCUACCAUGCCAGCAUCACAGAAAUUCAUCAUACGUGUCCUCGACAGCACUCACCUGUUUGUGCAGCCCAAUGUGGCCGAUAUGAUUAAGAAUGCCAUUGCAGAUUUCAGGGAGCAGAACUCUUACGAGAAGCCCACUUGAUCAAUUGCCACUGCUAGGACCAUUGUUUCUGUGUGUAAACAAUCUUGAGAAUAAUAGCAAUUAGCCAAUUCCUGGGCUUUUAGUCUUGCGAACAAUGAAAAUAUUGUUUUGUAGGGUGAAAGAAGAAUGGCAUAGUUUCUGCAGUUUUUUAUUCGAGAAGAAGCAUCGCACUGUUCUCACAAGGAAGUUCGAUUCUGUCUUGCUUCUUCCUCCUCA